GUUUCCAAGUCAACCUAUUUGACAUGCAUGCAUGCAUUGUAGUGUAGUUAGUUGUUAUGGUACGUUUAUCCGUUAACGUAUCACAAUAACAUGGGUAUUUGAGUAAAUAACAUUCAAUUAUUUUAUGCGGUUGUGGUCACUAUAUAACGUUAGUCCAUUUAUUGAGUGUUGAACUGGACAUGUUUAAUUAUAAAUAGCUUGCUAGCUAAUAACCUUCCUAAGUAGCGUUCAAGUCAACGCCAGUCUGUGUAAUCAUGGCAGGACUGUAUCGAGCUCUUCUAACAUCUGCGUCCAGUGUCACAAAGCUGUCAUUGCAGAAUCUGACACAAGCCACAUCAUGUCGCACUAAAUUCACUAAGAGUCGCAUCCCUCCACAGGUAUUUGAGGAACGAGCAAAAGAACAUGACAAGUAUGGUGGUGAUCCAGAACACCCACAUAAACUGCAUAUAGUGACACGAGUUAAAAGCACAAUGAGACGACCCUAUUGGGAAAAGAAGGUUGUGAAGAGUUUGGGGCUUAUGAAGGCACAUGAACCCCGUAUCCACAAGAACACCUCAUCAGUGAACAAUCUACUGAAAAUCAUUAAGCAUCUAGUUCGGAUUGAGCCUCUCAAGCUUCCCUAUGGAUUGCCUGCUGAAGAGGACAUGGCUAACACAUAUCUGAAUAGCAAAGGCGAGCUGGUGGUGAAACGUCUCCUCAAACCACUUGAGCAAAAAGCCAUCGAGUCAUAGAAUUUUUGUGGCCUACCAUUUGUGCUGUGUUUUUGUUGUUUAAUAAAGAUUUGAAUAUCAGUCUUCUUUACUGUAGCUCAAACAGCAGAGCAUUCCCAGGGAACGCAAGAACCGAUAAAAAGUAAAUGUGUACUUAGAAUUAAAUGUAAGAUGCUCUGGAUAAUAGUGACAACCAAUUGCAUGAAUGUAAAAUGUAAAUUACUAGAUCUUUGUCUUCUACAAAACAUCAAUCACUCAGGUGAUGUGAAAUCACUAAUAUGUUCAGUGAGACAAAAAAUUAUUCAUUGACAUGAACAAAACAGGCAUAUUAUAUAAUUUUUUUAAUAAGUCAUGUACUGCUAUAAAAUGAAAAAAAUGCACAUCCUUCACAUCAAUGGGAGAAAGAGGUGGCAAUUCUUAGUGGAAUACAGAAGUUUGCUUCCUUGGCACUUGUUCAAUGCUCACUGAUCUGAUCAUUAUCAGAGGCAAAAAUAAUGAGUUUGUGUUUGCACCAUUGUUUAAAUGCAUCUGAUUCUUCUGUCUUGCAAAAACUCAAUCUUCCUUAGAUGAUAAAUCAGCACUAAAGACAGAGAACCUUCACCAGAAUUAUGUUCCAUAGAAAAGUUUCGCUUCUGUACAUUAAAACCUAAAGAGAUAUGAAAUGAAGUAUAAAUACACUAUCAGGUGGUAUUCAGUCAUCUUAAAAUGGGCAAACAAGACAAAGGUGAAAGAAGAAAUUAAAUACACUGCAAAAA